GUUGCUCUCGUUCGUUCAGAUCUUGCUUAUCGCCGAUAUACCACUUCUUUCCACUGCAUUGUAUUUUAAUAUACCCUUUUUUUGAAUAGCGGUAUUCCGACGCUUAAAUUCUUCCUGCAAAAGCCCUUGUUGAUCGUUGAAGUGGGUAUUGAAUCUUUCUGUUUUCCUCAGAUUUGUGGGAUUCCAGCGGUAUUCUCUCUGACGUGAACGGGUGACUGAAAAAGAGUGUGGAUUCAGGUCUGCUGAAAGUUGUCUGGGGUUUACAUUUGGGAUUUUCUUGAAGAAAUCUUGGUAGUAUAAGGAGUAGACGGCGGUCCGAUGAAGAUAAAGCUGAGAAAACCGGCUUUAUUUCUGCUUCUGAUGACCGUUAUUGCCCCCAUUGUCAUCUACACCGAUAGAUUCGGUAGCUUCAGAUCUUCUUUCACUAGAGAUGAAUACAUAGAAGGCAUCUCAACAUUCAUUUUGGGUGGUGAUGUUAUGCCUUUAAAUGUGCUUCCUCAUGAGACAACAACAACAACAACCUUAAAAGAACCACUGGGCAUUGUUUUUGUUGAAGAUUCUAAUUCCACUGAGACUGGAGAAAAUCCCCGCAAGAAUCGACAACUAACUGAAACAGACAAGGAAAGUGAGCUUAAUCAUACUUCAGAUCAACAACUAACUGAAACAGAUAAGGAAAGUGAGAUUAAUCAUACUUCAGAGGAGAAUCUUAUAAAAAGUCCAGCUUCUUCGAGAUUAACUAAACACCGCAAGGAUGGACGAUCUAAGAAAAACAUGAAUAAUCAUCCAGAAGUUAUGGUAGAUGCUCGCAUUCUUCGGCUUAAAGAUCAGCUUACUAGGGGAAGAAUUUAUCUCUCCCUUUCGGCUACAAGAAAUGAUCCACAUUUUGUUAGGGAACUUCGUUUACGAAUGAAGGAAGUACAACGCGUCCUUGGAGACUCGACCAAAGAUUCCGAGCUACCAAAAAGUUGGAAUGAUAAGUUGAAAGCCAUGGACCAAACUUUGGAGAAAGGAAAGCAGAUUCAAGACGAUUGCACGGCUGCAGUUAAGAAGCUUCGUGCGAUGCUUCACUCAGCCGAGGAACAAGUUCGUGUUCACAAGAAGCAGUCUUUGUUCUUGACUCAUUUAACUGCAAAGACAAUGCCCAAAGGUCUUCAUUGUCUUCCUUUGCGUCUUACAUCUGAGUAUUAUGCGUUGGAUUUCGCUAAACGUAGGUUUGAGAUCAAUCAAGAGAAUCUCGAGGAUCCUACACUCUACCAUUAUGCAUUGUUCACUGAUAACAUCUUGGCUGCAGCAGUUGUUGUGAAUUCCACUAUAUACCAUGCCAAGGAUCCUUCAAAACAUGUUUUCCACAUUGUGACUGAUAAACUCAACUAUGCAGCCAUGAGCAUGUGGUUUCUGGUAAAUCCACCUGGAAAAGGUACGAUACAAGUUCAGAAUAUCAAUGAAUUUAAGUGGUUAAACUCGAGUUACAGUCCGGUUCUGAAGCAGUUGGCUUCUCAAUCGAUGAUAGAGUAUUACUUCAAGACUAGUCGUGCAGAAACAGAUCCUAAUUUGAAAUAUCGAAACCCCAAGUACCUUUCGAUCAUGAACCAUCUUCGGUUUUACUUGCCCGAGGUCUACCCGAAGCUCGAUAAGGUGUUGUUCUUGGACGACGACAUAGUGGUGCAGAAGGAUCUUACUGGUCUUUUUGCUGUUGAUAUGAAAGGAAAAGUUAAUGGAGCAGUUGAGACGUGUGGGGAUAGCUUUCACAGAUUCGAUCGUUAUCUUAACUUCUCGAAUUCGCUGAUUUCGAAAAAUUUUGACCCCCAUGCUUGCGGGUGGGCAUAUGGGAUGAACCUAUUUGAUUUGCGGGAAUGGAGACGACAGAACGUUACUGAGAUCUACCAUUCCUGGCAAAAUCUGAAUCAAGACAGACAGUUGUGGAAGUUGGGUACAUUGCCGCCUGGUCUGAUUACGUUUUGGAAUCGAACUUUUCCCAUAGACCGAUCUUGGCAUGUACUUGGUCUUGGCUACAACCCAAAUGUGAGUCUGAAAGAGAUCGAACAAGCAGCUGUCGUACACUAUAAUGGAAACUUGAAACCGUGGCUUGAGAUAGCCAUACCCAAAUUCCGUAGCUACUGGACAAAGUUCAUUGAUUUCGAUCAUGUUUAUUUGAGGGAUUGCAACAUCAACCAAUAGGUUGGCUGGUCGUGACAGUUGGACUACUACUACUACCACAACAUAGGAUAAUUCGCAAGAAACUUUACGGCUAAUGAGUUGUGCAUUUGGAGAAACAUUUUUCAAAUAAUAAGGCAUUUUUUGUUGCUUCAUUGAUUGAAUCAUGUAAAAACCGAUAUAUAUAGUUACCAACUUGUUUUUGAGACCACCAUGAUAACUUUUGGGGCUUCAUU